AAGGGAUAUACAAUUUUAUGUAUGGUAUUUUUGUAUGUGAUAUUAAAUGUUCAUAGUUUAAGGAAUAGUUAAGAAAACGGUAAAUUAAUAAAAAUAAUGCGGAAUCUGCGCAUGCCCAAAGCUUCACGAGGUAGUUUGCGCAUUUGGGGUUUACAUAAGUGUUUGAAAGGAACAGUAAUCGAUUGAACUACGUGCGCGGUCUCCAUUUCUUGUACGCGUUUGAUGAGGUUCUUUGUGUCUAGUGGUGACUCCUUAAAAUUGUCCAAAAUGGUCAAGAUGGAACAUGACGAUGGAAAAAACGAACCAGAGCAUGUUAGAAAGUUAUUCAUUGGUGGUUUAGAUUAUAGAACAACUGAUGAUUCUUUAAAAAAACACUUUGAAAAAUGGGGCGAAAUUGUUGAUGUAGUUGUGAUGAAAGACCCGAAAACAAAAAGGUCCAGGGGAUUUGGUUUUAUUACUUAUUCUCGGGCACACAUGGUAGAUGAUGCUCAAAAUGCAAGGCCACACAAGGUAGAUGGACGUGUAGUUGAACCCAAAAGAGCUGUUCCCAGGCAAGAAAUUGGUAGGCCAGAAGCAGGUGCAACAGUUAAGAAAUUGUUUGUGGGUGGUUUAAAAGAAGAUCACGAAGAAGAGGAUCUUAGGCAAUACUUCCAGAGUUAUGGUAGCAUUAACUCGAUCAGUAUCGUCACCGACAAGGAAACCGGCAAAAAGCGUGGUUUCGGUUUCGUUGAGUUUGAUGACUAUGACCCUGUAGAUAAAAUUUGUUUACAACGCAAUCACCAAAUACGCGGUAAACAUGUAGAUGUUAAGAAGGCUUUAAGUAGAGCAGAAAUGGCUUCUGCAUCCGGUGGCGGUGGAGGUAGCGGCGGUGGCGGUAGCAGAGGGGGACAGAGUGUAGGAAGAGGACCUCGGGGUGGCAAUCAAGGUGGAGGUAAUUGGGGUGGCCGAGGAAGUGGCGGCGGUGGAGAUUGGAAUAAUGGUGGUAAUCAAGGUGGUUAUGGUGGAGGUAAUCAAGGAGGUUGGGGUGGUAACGGCCCGUGGGAAAAUCAGAAUCAAGGUAAAGGAGGUGGAUGGGGAGGCCAAGGUGGUCAAGGAGGGUAUAAUAGUGGUGGAAAUUGGAGUAACGACAACUUCGGCGGAGGUUAUCAACAAGGCUAUGGCGGCGGUCCUGUUCGGAAUAAUUUCAACUCUGGAGGAAGACCUGCACCCUAUGGUAUUAAUAUGGGUCCUAGUGGCCGACAGUCUGGAGACUCGAGAUGGCUACCACCCUUCGGUGGACAAGGUUGCUUCCGUCCUUCUCAAAAGCCAACGCGUCUCUUACGUGCCUUGAGCAACUACUCCUAAAUUUUUAUUUAUUAUUUCUGAGAACUUAAUGCUGAUUAUUAUGAUAUAUCCUAUCACAGUAUUAUUGAAUUUGAUAACAUUAGUAAGUUGCACAAGGGGCGUUCAGCUUAUAUUAAUAUGGUUGUACAGUACUUUAUUACUAAACUUCGUUAUCUAUCAUGGGGUUUUAUAGGGAUAUAAUUGGACGAUUAAAAAAUUGUGUAAUAUGAUAAAAUCAAUCCUAUUUAUAUUGAUAAUAUCAAUUAUCUCGAUAGCUUUAAACAAAUGUAAGUAAUUAUAAAUACUUUUAAAUCAGUUAGGAGUUGUGACACAAGGCGCGAUGUUGCAGUGAGAAGGAGCGCCUUUGUCCAUUUUCUUUAUUCUUUCUUAAGGGAAGUUAGACUAACAUGAUGGGUACAAAAGAAAAUUUUUUUCAGACUGGGGUUGUAGAGAAGCUAAUGCUACUGCUUACUACUCGAGUGUAAGAAGAAACAUUUUCUUGUACUCGCCAUACUAGUCUAACUUCGUUCAGUUUGUUCAUAAUAUACUGCAAGUAUGAAUAAUUAGAUUUUGUUAAAGUACUGUUGCUAUGGAAAAAAUUGUGUUUUGUUUUUUAU